AUGUUUAUGUUCUGUGCCAAAACAAAUAUUGGUUAUUUCAAUUAUAUUCAUUUUGUUCGUCUUUUUCCACUACCAUCAUUCAAAAAUCUUUAUAUUUUAUUAAUUAUUUCAUUUAUAUUUUCGAUUAUAGCUGUUGUAUUUGUUAUUGGCUUUAAUUCAAAUUCUUCAUGUUAUAUUAUUAAUAUUAAUGCAAAUAAAAUUUGUUGGUUCGAACGGCCCGCUACCUAUUAUUUUUUGGCAAUACCUGUUUGUAUUUUUCUUUCAAGUAUAAGUCAAGAAAUUGGUUGGCUUACAGGUCCGCUUAUUCUUGUUGUUGGUGAUAUUCCUGGUGAGAUUUUAACAUGGAGUUUUAAUUUUUGUAAUGAACUCGAAGAUCUUUGGUCGAUUCUUCUAUAUAUUAUCAUUCGAAAAAAAAAUAUGGAUGAACAAAAACAGGUUAUUGCAACAAAAGAACUUUUGAAAAGAAAACAUUUAACGACUAAGAAACAUAAAAAAAAUCAAUGA